GCAGUGUUAUCAUUCCCCUUCUUACGGAACACUACAACUUACAAUUGAAAGUUACGGGGAAAAUGGGAAGGGAGAAACAUACUGCAUGUGAAAGUAAACAACACUUUAGCCACCCCCACAUCUUGAAACUUAUCAAUCCAGCUGAAAGUGCAACUCUCACUUGCAAUGCUUGUGAGAAAACAAACAUUACUAAUAAGCCUAAUUUCUAUGGCUGCAAUAGUUGCCAAUAUUUCCUUCACGAGAACUGCCUCAACGCUCCUCGUUUUGUCGAUCAUUCAUCUCACCCUUCCCACCACUUGACCCUUCUCCCAGUUCCAACUUACUCGAGUCGUUCCUACACUUGCAAUGGUUGUGGCUGUGACGGCAAUGGCUUUAGCUUUAGCUGUGCCCGCUGCGACUUUGAUAUCCACAUGCACUGUGCCCUUAUCCCCCAAACUGUCCUCCUAUCCAAGCAACAUCAUCAUGAACUUAAGCUCAUUUUUGAAUCCCCUUUUGAUAAUAAAAACACUGUUUUUGUUUGUGAUAUCUGUGACGACAAUGUAGAUCUUAAUUGCUGGUUCUACUAUUGUGCUGGUUGUGAUUUCGGGAUGCACUUGCACUGUGCAUCUCCUGAAGCGGAUGUUUUCCCGAAAUCACAGCAGCAUCGCAAUAAUAUAAAUGCAAAUUCAGCAGUGGAGAUGAUAAAUUCAGUUAAUGAUGAUCAUGACCGGCUUGUAGCAGCUCAAAUUAGUGCACAGAUUGAUGCACGAGGAAGACAGAAUAUACUGGAUUCGAUCGAUGGACCAUCACGAAGAUACUAUUACUACUAAUUGCUAUCAUGCAUUAUGUUAUUCGCGUUGAAUUCAUGUUGAUUUUCUGCAAAUUACAUGCUUUGCAGCUGUUAUGUCAUUUCCUUUUGGAGUACAAUUCUGUUUCUACUCUUGUAUUUCUAUUGUUCGUUUUGAUGGACAUGUG